CUCAAUUCAUUGCCCGUUUAAAAGGGACGUGUUUUCGCGCUCUCUCUUCAAAACUGCAACUAAUUCUACAAUUCUUGCGUUCGGUUGAGUGAAAACUUUGCUUUAAUUCAAUUUCACUUAAACAUUAUCAAAUGGCUGCAACCAUCAACAGUGGGCUGCGUUUGGAGGCCAUCGAUCGCAUCACAUCGAUUCCAUUGGUCGAGUCCAGUGUUAAGCGGGUCGAGAACAUCUAUGAUAAAGUGAAGAACAACAACCGACUCUUCAGCUGGUACUUUGAGACGGCAGAGGCAACAAUUUCCGCUGCCUAUGAAACUGUUCAACCGGCUGUCAAACUUUUCGAGCUUCCUCUUAAACGUCUGGACAAUGUAAUGUGCAAAAGUCUCGAUAUUUUGGAGCAACGUAUUCCUUUGGUCUACUUGCCACCGGAAAUGAUGUAUUGGAAUACCAAGGAAUACAUGUCGGAUCAUCUAGUAAAGCCCGUUCUGAAGCGGGCGGAUUCCGUUAAGCAAAUUGGCAACGCGGUCCUCGAGAGCUCCCUAACCACCUAUGCGGCGGAUCGUAUCGAUGGAGCCUUCACAGCGGGCGAUAAAUUCGUGGACAAAUAUCUGGUGCCCAUACAAACAGAUCAAGAUCAGACAGACGCCCCUCAGGAGGAUGAUAACGAAACGGCGGGCGCAUCGGCGGAGGAGAAGGGCGCCAUUAAGGCAAUUCAUCACGGUCAACGCUUCUCCCGUAAACUCAAGCGGAGACUAACACAAAGAACUGUCGCCGAGGCGCGAGCUCUAAAGAAACAAAGCAAAGAAGCAAUCCAUGUGCUCAUCUAUGCUGUAGAAUUGAUUGCAACAGAUCCAAAGCAGGCCAUGCAGAAGGCCAAGGAACUGUGGGAUUAUUUGAGUGCCGAUGAGCCCGAAAAUCAGGCCAGACCCGUCACUCUGGAGCAGUUGAUAGUGCUCAUUACACGGGAGUCAGUCCGGCGAGUUGUUCACUUGGUUAACUACAGUGCCAACGUUGCGUCCACAAUACCCAAAAAUUUGGCGCAUACUACCACCGAGGUUGUUCAUCAUAUAAUAUACAUAAAUAAACGAAUUAUUACCAUUACUCGCUUGGAUAAGGUCAAGAAUCUAUCCAAGGAGGAAGCUGAAUCUCUCUUCAAGCGUAUGAUCGCCUUCUAUGGUGAUCUGCAAGUGCUCACCAAUGGAUAUCUGGAGCGCGUUGCGAGCUUUCUCUCCGGACGCAUUGAGGCGGAAAAGGUUACGGGCAGCGAUAGCAAUACCGUUAACCGAUCCUCCAGAAGACGACAGGAGGCAAACAAUUACUCGCCCUCUCACAACAAUAUAAAUGGAGUCUAUUGAGAAAUCGAGUUUUUUAUUCCAUUCGUAUUUUUGUUUCUAAUCAUAGAGUUUUAUUUUUGCUUGCAUUUUCGUACUAAUUAAAUUUUACAUUUAUCUUUACCAAUAUACAAGGUGGCGCCUAGUUAUUAACUUAUGCGAAUAUUCGAAAUUGGCGCCAUAUACGAACUGUCAACAGAAACAAUUAGCGCAUAUCGAUCAAAAUUGGCGCCAAUUGCAAAAUUUAUCGACUAUUCUGUUCAGUACAAAUGGCUUAUCGAUGUGUGUUAGGUUAAUUACUGCCGCGCCACUGUACAAUAACGAUAUUGAAAUUUACUUAAAUAAAUGCUCCUUAUAGUAUUUCAAUUCA